CUGUACGUUUUCCUGAAUAUUUUCUACCCCUCUGCAGUCAAGCUUCCAGACGACAGUGUUUGUCCAUCACAGCGCCAUGGCACCACGGGACAUUGGCCCUCACAUAAACCAUCGGCAACAGGAAAUUAUAAUCAACUUUAUGGAACGAAAUCCCCGCUUAGUUAAAUCAUCAGGAGAUCUGGACCCAAAAUUCACAGCUCAAAGAAAAAAGGAAAUGUGGGAGGAGCUCGCCAAUUUGCUAAACGAUGCCGGCCCUCCCACAAAGCCCGUGGUGCACUGGCGUUGCUGGUGGAAUAGAUUUGUAAGUCGGGCCAGGGCGGACGCAGGAAACCUCUCCGCCGAGAUGAAGUCUACCGGCGGUGGACUUCUUGGGGGCGCCAAGGGCCGAGUGCUCGCCCUACUCGGCCCUGCAAGCACCGUACCGGCGCGGCCUGCGCCCUUCGUGAGCAGCCACUGCGAAAGCGACUCCCGGCAACCACACACCUCAGCUGUGACUGAGGUGUCACAGCCAGGCGACACCUCAGUCUCUGCAGCCUCAGCACCUCAGCAGCAACCACCAUCUGCGAGCACCGGCGUUACUGGAAGGUGUAGUGCCAGCCGGCCUCCAAGAGCUACAUCAAGAGGCCGCUUGCUGCAGCAGGCUGUGGGGGACACCGCGAAAAGGGUCACCCUCGCAGCUGCGCGAAAUGAGCUAGCCGAAAAAUUGUUGGAGGAGUCCCGCAAGCUGAGAUGGCAGUGCUGAUAGAGUGUGUACGUGUAAUUCAACCCGAGCGAAUGAAUUUUUGCCGCAGUCGAGUGCAGAUGUGUAGUUGGUGAAUAGAAAUGAAAACGGGGAAAAAGUUCCUACAAUUUAGCAUGUUAAGCAAACUAGUAACUCAAAUGCAGAGACACAAGGAAUGUAUGUUACGAAUGUAUGAAUCUUCAUUAUGUACGUAACAUUUGACAUGAGAAGUAUUGACUAUUGUCUAGGGGAUUCUGGAAUGUGUUGCGCUUUUCUAGACGGUAUGAACAUAACCUAAUGUGCAAAACAAAGUUGCGCAUCACAAGCAAGUUUAUGCCCAGAAAAGUGGAUUGAAGUCGUGUAACAAGCAGCUUGUAGUGCUUAGGCAGCCGUAAUACCUUUUGUCACAUGUAGUGCUGUUCAAUACAUUGUUAUUCAUGUACGCAUAGCUAGCAUAAAAUGUACUGAUUUCUGCAAUACAA